UUUUGUGAAUACAAAAGCAAUUUUAGAGCCCUUUUCCUCAGUUUUUAAAUGUAUGUAGUGCAACCUGCCCUGUUUGUGACUGAUUUCAGUAAGCACAGGGGUGUUUUAGAGUAAGGCAAAAUCCAGCCAUCCCUGAAGGCUCUUUUGAAGGAGCAACCUUUUAGUCAUUCAGAGACUUGUGUGCUUUUACAGCAGCAACUGCUGUCAGUUGGGAUGUUUGGGAUAGCUCUUCAUGUGCAGGUGGAAACCAGCCAGUUCAGGAGAGGAAAAGCUUUGUAUUUGGGACCCUUUCCUUUAUCAGCUCUAUUCUACACUUGUGAUCUGAAUUAUUUUGACACCCCCCCUCCCAAACCUCGUGAUUGUUGAAUGAGAAGCUGUAAUGUCUGACCUGUUAGGGUAGAGCAGAAGUGUUCAGGUCUCUGUCUGCAUUACAUCAUGUAUUUAGUUGGAGGAGAAAACCCCUUGUUUGGAUAACGUAUAAAAUACAGCUUGGGUUUUUGUUUCCUUACGUUCUCUGUGGAUGUGGUCUUGUCCUUUGGCUGGGAAGAGUGGGCCUGAUAGCAGAAACCUUGGAACUUAUCAGGCUCCCACCACCCUGGGAACGUAUCUGCUGGUGGUGGUUACACCAGGUUGUGCUGCCAGCAGGGAUGAGGAGCCUGUCCCUUACCACUGAAGCAGAAACGGUCUGUCUUGGAGCAGAAGCCUCUUUUUGCUUGGGGUUUAUAACGGAAACUCUUGUGCUCCCUCUUGAAUAGCUGUGGAAGUGUCUGAAGCUGCAUUAAGGAGGGUGUAGAUGAUGGAUAUCCCAUGGAAUUGUAGUUUGUCAAAGAUUUCCCCCCGGGCCCUCUCCUGCGCUGUUGUGCUGCUCCUGCUCCUCACGGUGCUGAGCAGAGGCAAGAGGUGCAGCAUCGCCAGGAUCCUCCGGCAGUACCGUGCCGUCAUCUUCCACGAGAUCCAGAACCUGAAAACCCUGAGUGGGUCGGUGGACAGGAGCGGAAGGGCCGGCCCGGCUUGUCGCUCGGAUAAGGACCACAGGAUCCUGUUCUCCAUCUACAACAUCACCAUGGCCCUGUGGGACGCAGCUGCCGGCUCCGUGCGUGGCCCCGGGGAGCUGGCGCUGUGGAAGGUGGCCAGGAACACGGAAGUGGUGUUCAGGGAGAGCUGCAGGAGCAUCCGUAAGAGCCCUCCGCGCAUCCCGGCUCAGCCCCGGCGCAGGGGACGCAGGCGCAGGAGGAAGAUGAAGAUGCUGCGGGAGGUUGGGAGGAAGGCUCAGAGGCUGGUGACCUGCUGGGAGAAGCUCUAUGCCCUGCACGCACCGCACCGGGUGCCCCGGCACUCAUAGGGAUGCUCUCGCCGUGUGCCGGAGGGAUGCGCAGUCCAGCAUCGCGGCUGCCCCUGGCUGGUUUGGAAACCUGGGGCACAUUGAAUGCUGAAGGCAGCGGAGAUGUUGAAUUCAUCCUCCUGGUUCAAGUGGUACCCAAGGACCAGCCCCAUUGCGUCCCUGGCAGGUUGGUUUGCCAUGGGAUGGCUAUGGUGGGAAGCUGGAACGCCAGGAACAUGGGAAGAAGAAAGGGAAGUGCCAAAGAAAGGAGGUGAGGGGUUGGAUUUCAAUGAUGCUCCUGGCCCUGCAUCUCCUGCUGCUUUCUGGGGGACAACGGUUGCUUUGGGGGCAGAAAGAGGACACGGGGCUGUUGCUGGCUGCAGGACCACUGUGCAUCCAUAAGGCUCUGAGGGUGGCCAG